UCCAUCGCAUGCUGAAAGCACGGCCACAUUAACAGUGAUCUACAGCGGGUUGCUUGUGGAUUAUACUUUUGUUUUCGGUGUCCUGUAUCAUACUAAAAUUUAACAUAAGCCAUGGCAGACACAAAAGUAGACUCCGCAACUGAAAUCUCCGCCAAGGAUUUGAAAGAGAAGAAGCUCUUGGAAGAGAAGGAGAAUGGAAAGGAUGCUGCUACCAAUGGAAAGGAGAAUGAGGAGAAUGGCGAGCCAGAGGUAGAUGAUGAGGAUGAUGAGGAAGUGGAUGAAGAGGACGAGGAUGAAGACGGAGAGGGAGAUGAGGAAGACGAUGACGAUGAUGAUGACCUUGGUGGUGGCACAAAACGAGCAGCAGAUGAUGAUGACGAUGAUGAAGAUGAUGAGGAUGAAGUAGACCCCAAGAAGCAGAAAACUGAUGACGACGACUGAAGCGCUCUUCCGUCCCGCUGAACUGUUCGAAGCCUCUUCAGUUCCACGGUUGGGCUUGAGGACAGAACUCAGAAAAGACAUAAAACAUUAAAAUAAAAAAUAAAAAAACAUGAAAACAUGGUCAUCAUCAAGCAAGUUCACCAUCCGUGCUCAAUCAACCCGACUGCAAAUUUUUCUCCAGGGAGAACCACGACAGAUUCCAACAAGUGUCUCGACAUUCUGAACGGCAAACAUAAAACUGAAAUUUGUUUGUAUUUUUAUUUACAUUUUAUAUUUUUGUACAUAUUGUUAUGAGGUCAGCCACUUUAUCAUGAUCUCCUGUGACCAAAUCGGUGCUUCUGUAUGAAAUAUACCUUGUUUGACCAUGUCUCAGUUUCAACAGAACAUGUACAAAUCAGCAUUGAAUUCAGAGCAUUCCAGUAAAUUUUAUGUAUGAACCUUUUUGUUGUACCAUAACAAGUUGCACCAUAACUAGUUUUUUUUUUGUUUGUAUGAGAGGGGUUGGGCCAAAGAAAAGGAGUUACUUUUCUUGUUUUGUGUUCUUUUUUUGUCAGCAGUUUUUGUUUAACCCGGUCCUUUUUAAUGUAUGUGUGAAGUUUGUUGUUCAACAAUAAACCUUUUAUUUUGUGAGUUGUA